GACUCUCACUGCUUUCUGCAAAUUUACUUUUUGUGGUGACUCGAUUUUCUCUCUCCGUCUUUCUCUGGUCGAGAAAAGGUUUCGCCGGCGGCAAUCGUCCUUAUCGCCGGGGAAUCACAACGGUGAUAUUUUCUCGUCGUAGAAGAAGAUGAAGGUUUUCGUAAAAACACUCAAGGGUACUAACUUCCCGAUCGAAGUGAACCCCCAAGAUUCGGUUGUUGAUGUUAAGAAAAACAUAGAGGCGGUACAGGGUGCCGACGUUUACCCUGCGUCUCAACAGAUGCUUAUUCAUCAAGGGAAAGUUCUUAAGGAUACGACUACUCUCGAAGAAAAUGCAGUUGCUGAGAACAGUUUUAUAGUCAUCAUGCUGACUAAGACAAAGGCAGCACCGAGCGGAGCCUCAAGUGCAUCAGGGGUAGCCGUAAGCCAGGCUCAACCUGUUAGUGCUCCUACUCCAAUGGCAACCAUACCAUCUACAACUUCUCAGACUCCCGCCUCAGCUGUGGCACAGCCGCAGUCUGUUCCAGAACCUGCUCCUGCAGUAGCUGCUGCUGCAGCUACUCCAGUAACUCCUACUGCUGCUUCUUCUGAAUCUGAUGUGUAUGGCCAAGCUGCAUCAAAUCUUGUUGCAGGAAGUGGUUUGGAGUCUACUAUUCAACAGAUUCUUGAUAUGGGUGGAGGAAGUUGGGACCGGGAUACAGUUGUUCGUGCUUUACGUGCUGCCUUCAACAACCCUGAAAGAGCUGUUGAAUAUUUAUACUCUGGAAUUCCUGAACAGGCAGAUGUUCCACCAGUUGCCCAAGUUGCCCAAGUUCCUGCUCAGGCAGCAGCAAACUCCCCAGGAAUCAUUCCUCCGGUGCAAGCAUCACAACCUGCUGCUGCACCUGCUGUUGGCCCUAAUGCAAAUCCACUGGAUCUCUUCCCACAGGGCCUACCAAAUGUGGGUGCAAAUGCUGGUGCUGGCAAUUUGGAUUUUCUCCGAAACAGUCAACAGUUCCAAGCAUUGCGAGCUAUGGUGCAAGCAAACCCUCAAAUUCUGCAGCCUAUGCUUCAAGAGCUAGGGAAACAAAAUCCACAUCUUGUGCGUCUCAUACAAGAGCAUCAGGCUGAUUUUUUGCGCCUGAUAAAUGAACCUGUCGAGGGAGGAGAAGGGAACGUUCUGAGCCAGAUGGCUUCAGCCAUGCCACAGGCUGUGACUGUAACUCCUGAGGAGCGGGCAGCCAUUGAACGUCUGGAAGCUAUGGGAUUCGAUAGAGCCAUAGUAUUGGAAGUUUACUUUGCAUGCAACAAAAAUGAGGAACUGGCUGCCAACUAUCUUUUGGAUCACAUGCACGAGUUCGAAGAUGAACAAUAGCCGAUUGAUUUUUUAUUUAUGUUUUCGGCUUUAUUUGUUUUAUUUUCUACAACUGCUACUACGACAAGAAAAUUGGUCAGAUAAAUUAUUUAGGGUGUUUAAAUUCUGAUUUCUUCUCUUCCAAAUAUAGCUUCUUGAGAAUUCCUCAAAUAUUGGUUUCUAUUUAGAUAUAAUUUUUCUUUUGAACACGAAACAAAGUUCUACUUGUUUUUCUUA